AUGUCUCUGAUGGAGUACUACAGAGAAGCUGCUGAGCAUUUGCCCGCUUCCGCCUCCGCCUCCGCCUCUGCCGCCGCCGCCGCCGCCGCCGCUAGGCGACUGCCACCCCCGCAGCCCUGGCCGCCACCCUUUCUUGCUUGCCGAGGGGAGAACUCCCCUGCUUUACAAGUUCACCCUCCACUGGGGGGGCAAUCUUGCUGGCUACGGAAGGAGGAGGGCCGCAAUACGGCAAGUUAUAUGUGGCGAGCCGCGGCCGCGGCUGCAGAAAGUUGGCGCAACUUGGAGGGCCGCGCGCGCCCUCAUUACGGCUAUAAGUGGGCUCGCUCGGUGCCGGCGCUGUGCUACGCCGCUCUCAUUAACGAAAGGCGAGGCGAGGCGAGCCGAGGCCGUGUGCCGCCGCGCCGCACCGAGCAGUGCAGCUCAGAGCGGCACGGCGCGGCGUUGCUAUAUUGCAGAGGCGCCAAGGCGGCGCACCUGUCCAAGUCCAAGACGCAGAUAAAGCACGCGGGCCGCGCGCCCGCAUACGGUCACUCGAUUACCGCCGGCCGCGGCAGCCUGAUGAAUGGCCGCAAACAAGACGUAAGAGCAUUAGCCGCGCGCGCCUGCCCGCGCGAUAAGCCAAGAGUUUUGCACUCUCCGCGGCGAUUAGCUCCGCCCGGCACAUCCCGGCGCGGUCCAGCGGCGAACCCCCGCUGCUGUCGCCGCAGCGCCCGACGGCCCCCAAGUACAGCCACCCGCAACGCCUACACCUCAUUGAAAGAACACGAUAGGAUUCCAGCUACCAGCCCACCAGCAUGGGCAGUUCUUAUUAUGAAAGUUGUCAGCUGCGCCGGCCUCCUCAUAUCGGGCGCGCACGGCGGAAUGCGCGCGCCGCGGCGCCCGUUUGAUGUAUUGAAGUGCACCGCGGUGGGCGCGCGCUGCGCCUCUUUGAGGCGCUUAUCUGGAGGACGCAGCGCCCAGACGGCGGGAGAACGGACGCUGUACCUGGACAGCGCGCGGGGCGCGGACCGCACCGACUCAUACGAAGCGCCUGAGGGAGGAGCAGUUGGGGGAUUGUCCUACAUAUACCUGGUGCCGGCCCACCGCCGGAUAGGGAGCAGCGGCACGCAGAUAAUGCGAUCGGCGGGAAGUGAUGCCGUGACGGACGGCAAGUGGGUGAGUGGGAGUCGGCACGGCAUAAAUUGGGGCCCCCGCGCCUGCCCGCCCCCGCCCCCGCCCCCGCCCUCAGCCGUUACCGGAAGCGGCGCUCCACCUGCGGCGGCAGAGUUACGGCGCCCGCGCUGCCUGCUUAGCGGGGCCUGCCCGCUGUGGCGCCUCUCGAUCGCAUCGGCGUCCGUCAGGCGCCGCGACGCCGGGGGGCCGUCCUGGACGCCGUUGUCGGCUGUUUGCCGUACAGUCGCGGACGCUGCCGCAGCCCGCGGGGACCGCCGAGUGCACGAGGCUUCACAGAGCUGCCUGAACGCGGGGAGCCAGGCCGGCCGCCCGUACCUUCCUCUCACCGAAUAA